AUGUAUUUCUCGCUCAAAAUUCGAAUUCUUCAAGGAGACCGUGUCUCAAGCAAUAAGGAAACUGUAAACUCUGGUUGCUUGACACUAACACUGCCAUUGUACGAGGAUGACGAGCGGAAUGUUGCCCGUCAGCAGCAAUACGUCUUCGUGGAAGAUGAUCCGUUGCCACUUCAAAGAGAAUUUGCUACUGUUCGAAAAUCAUUCGAGAGGGAGUACCAGAGAAUUGCGGAACAGUUCCAGAUUGUUGACAAGACAGUGCAGAAGUCAAAGAAAACGAAAACGUAUGUGGACGAGGAAUGGACUGUACUUCCCAAAGCUGCGGCUAUCACCGUCGGUGGCAUGGCAGGCUUCGUUCUUGGAUUGAAAAGGGGUGUCAUCGGUCGUUCGUUUACGACUGCUGUUGGAUUGGCGACAAUGGCCGCCUUCUGCUAUCCAUACGAAACAGUCGACGUAGUUCGUACAGGAAUCGCUCACUCUGAGACGGCGUGGGAGCGGUUUAAGAGCUGUACGUUUUCCGUUUUCGUUGUUUUAUCAACUUCAUGUGUAAGCUUUAUUUUUGAAAAAUUUCAAUCGGUACUUUAUUUUUUAUGUUGUCUUUUCAUAGUUUAA